GAACAAAGUUAAAAACGGUUUCAGCGGGUUAUUGGGAGAAUAGCUGCUGUCUUCCUCACUUCUAGAGCCGAAGUACAAACGUAGGGAUUAUUACUAGUUCGUUUUUGUUUAGUGCAGAUAUGCGAUUGAUUUAGUUUUUUUUUUUUAAACUAUAAAUAACAGACCAACGAUCUUCGUUGACGUCGUAAAGAAACGCGGAUACUAAAGCUGCCACCAUGAACUCCGUGCUGCCGUCAGUGCGCUCCCUCACGGAGAUGUUUGUGGGAAAGACGCAGGAAUUCAUCAAUGAGAUCGAAAAUGUCCACAUGGUGUGGCUCGAAGAGAUACAACAAGAAGCAAAUCGCAUGUUCUCUAGAGACUUUAAUGCUGAACCAGAACUAAUGCCGAAAACGCCAUCACAGAAAAAGAACAGUCGCAGGAGGCGGGUGUCUGCAGGGCGCCAAGAGGAAAAUCAAACAAGGAGGUUCUCAAAGGGAAAGCGUAGCAAUCUUCGUGGAUCAUCUGUUAAACCUUUCAACUUGAUUCCUGAAGAAGAAGCGAUCUCUGAGGUCUCAACCUCUAAGGCUAGUAACCCUCCAAAACCAAAACGUGCUACCCGUAAAAACAAACAGACGAAGCCUGAAGAUGUAGAUGAAAGCUUGUCAUUCAGUGACAGCAGCAAGCAGGAAGAUGUGCAGAACAAGAAGCAAGAGCUGGUGAAGGAAGAGGAUGAAGUGGACAAAAUUCAAAAAGUUAAUGCAGAAACCAAAUCUGACAAUUCAAGCAUCACUUCUCAGUCUCCUCCGAAAAUUCGUUCAGCGGAGUUGGUCGUCAACAUCUCAGCAGAGGAUCGCUUGUCUGCAGAACUUGCUAAUAAGCCAGAGGCGUCUCCGGGUCGUACAGCUACAAAGAUAGCAAUAGCUGCAGCUGAUCGGAGGUCAAGGCGGAGCUCUGCACGCUGCUCCCUCAAAUUGCGGCACUCACUGGCUGGUCUUCGGCACAGUAUGACACAGGAAUCCAUCCGCCGGGCUUCACGCCGCUCUAUGCUCAAGAGGAUGUCUACUCGAAUGGGCACCUCUACAAGCAGCAGCAGCAACACUGGUGGAUCAAGCGCCUUAAUGGAAUCUGCAGAUGAGGAUAAUGAGGAAGUCAGCAAAGCAGAAACUGAAGACAUUGUUGAUGACUUGCCGGAAAAAGCAAGUGAAGCUUCAAAGCCUGAAAGCGGUCGUGAAGUCCCUGUGCCUGCUGUUGAGCGCGUAACUCGCUCUGUAGCUGCUAAUUCUCCCAAACUGGCUCCUCCUCCGUUGUUUUGCUCUGUGGUUAAAAUGAGCACUCCCGCCAAAAAAUCUGUGGCUGCUGCUAGGAAACAAAGCCAGGCAACUCAAAGAUCGAGCCUCAGCACAAAACGAAAGGCCCCAGACACUGAGUACAGCCCCACGAAGCGCUUCUCUCCACCGAAGAAAAGCCAAAGUACAAUGAAACCAAGCAUGAGAGCUUUUCUUCACACUGUGAAUAAGAAUCAGAUGCUGAUGAUGACCCCUAGCUCCAUUGGCCGAACCGCCGUGAUAAAAUCCUUUAUCAAACAGACCACUCCUCUGAAAGUUGAUCCUAAAACCAAAGAGCGUCACAAGCUGGAGGCUCUUAGAAAGAAGCAGGAACAAGAGGAAGAAAGGAUGAGGAAAAUGGAGGAAGAAAAGAAGAAAAAGCAGGAAGAGCAGAAGAGGAAAAGGGAAGACAGGAUAAAAAGAGUGUUUGAGGCAAAGGUAAAGGAAGAUCUGAGGGAAGAGGAAAAGAAAAAGAAGAUUGAACAAAAGAUGGCUCAAAUUGAUGAGAAAAAUGAUAAAGUAUGUAAAAGGUUUGGUGGCUCUUCAUUUGCUCCUAGGUUUGUUAAUAUUGUAUUUAUUUCUUUGUCUACACAGCGUCAGGCUGAGGAGAAAGCAAAAAAGAAACUGGCAGCAAAGCGUCAAGAAGAGCUGGAGCAAAAGAAAAAGCUAGAAGAAGAAGCUAGAAAGAAAAAGAUUCAGCAGGAGGAGGAGAAACGACAGCAGGAGCUGGCCGCCAAAAAGAAAGCGGAGGAGGAGGAACAGCAAGCUCGCAAAGCUCUGGAGCGCCAGAGGGAGCAAGAACUGGAGCGGGAACGGCAAGCUGCUGCUGAAAGAGAACGGGUAGAAAAAGAAAAGGCUCUUGCUUUACAGCGUGAGGUAGAGCGAGCAGCCAGGGAAAAAGAAAAGAGAGAGCUGGAGGAGCGAAGGAAAGCAUUGGAAGACAAAAGGAAACUGGAGGAGCAGCAGAGGCUGGCUGCAAAAGAGAAAGCUCUGAAAGAGAGGGAAGAAGCGAAACGGAGAGAAGCUGCUGCUGCUGAGGCACAAAAGUUGCUGAAUAAAACAGUUGACCUUGAGUACUCUGUAAUGACAACGCCAGCAGGGAAGGGUGGUCUAAAUGUUACUGUGGACUUGCAGGAAAUGUCAGUUCAGUCGUACGCCAUCACUCCUGACGGUGGAAAUAAGACGCUGACUAUUUCAAAAAAUCCAGAGGAUUACGGAAUGGACCAGAACAGCGAUGAUUCAACAGAUGAUGAAUCUGCCCCGAGAAAACCCAUUCCCUCUUGGGCCGAAGGUGCCAAUCUGAAGCAGCUAAUGGGGAAGCAGUACUUCAACCCUAUUGAUGUGGACUCCAUCUUUGGGCCCAUUGAGCCACUCAGACUGGAGAACAUAUUUUACAAAAGCAAACCACGUUUCUUUAAACGCACCAGCUCUGCAGUGUGGCACUCUCCUCCAACUGGAGGGAAGUGAGACCUUUUAAGUGAAAACAGUGUGGCGUUUGCUGCUGUAUUAAAAUUGUUUUAAAUCUGUAUCAAAUAAAGUUUUUCCAUUGUAA